GCGAGUCUAUUUUGAAGAAGUCCCGUUGAUAUUUGGCUCUGUUGACUAAUGAGUUUGCCGACCGCUGCUCAGGGGCAACCACCUGGUAAAAUCAGCCUUUCAGAACUCAUCCUGGCUGCUGGGCAGAGAAUGGUCUGUGAGUGCCACCACCAGAUCCCAGGAGGCUUUUAAAAAUUACAUAUAUUUGAAUUUAUUUCAGAGAGGAAGAGAGAGAUAGAAACAUCAGUGAUGAGAGAGACUCAUCAGUCGGCUGUCUCCUUAACAUCCCACACAGGGGACUGAGCCUCCAACCGGGGCAUAUGCCCUUGACUGGAAAUCGAACCAUGACCUUCUGGUUCACAGUUGACGCUCAACCCCUGAGACAUUCCAGCUGGGCAGGAAGGUUGGCGACUGCUGGAGAGCAUUCCAGUAGCCUGGACUAAGGUGGUAGUGGUGAAACUGGAGAGAGAUAUAGAAUAGGCAGCAUCAAAAUAUAUUGGGGAAGUAGGCAGACCAGACAUGGUGACUAAUAAAACAUGGGGAGUGGUGCAGAGCAAGGAGCCAGCGAGAACUUGGGGGUCCGGUCCAAGGGACCAGAAGAUGCCACUUUGGGCCACUGGGAAAUGGUAGUGCUGCUACCCUUGUCCCUCAUUCUCUGAAGUGGGGUGACAGAAAAAGGUGCUCCCCGGGAACAAGGUAAGUUGAGGCAUGAAAGCUUUCCUCUUCUCCAGGGAUCCUGAAACUCCGCCACAUCUGGAACCUGAAGUUGAUGCGUUGGUGAGGAGGAAUGAGCCCCUCCCAAUGGGCCCGGCAGGGCAGGACUCACCCGUCUCUGCCCAGAUUUGCCUUCCUCCUGCUCUGACCAGGAGGCGGCAUCCAGCAGCCCAGGCAGGGCAUGGGGUGGGGCGCCGCAGGUCCUCUGUGCCUACAUUUCACAUCGCUGACGGUGCCAGGAGUCACGCUCGGGGUGGGGAGGGUGGAGAAGCAGGGCGCAGAGGAGGCAGGGAUGACUGUGGCUGUCCCCACUCCAGGACCCCCGCAGCUGCAGACAUCUGUUUCACCAAGGAGCUGCAUUCUCACUUUUUCAGCCUGGGCAAGUGCGUGCCUGUUUGCCGAGGAGACGGUGUUUACCAGAAGGGAAUGGACUUUAUUUUGGAGAAGCUCAACCACGGGGAUUGGGUGCACAUCUUCCCAGAAGGAAAAGUGAACAUGAGCUCCGAGUUCCUGCGCUUCAAGUGGGGAAUCGGGCGCCUGAUCGCCGAGUGUCAUCUGGACCCCAUCAUCCUGCCACUGUGGCAUGUGGGAAUGAAUGAUGUCCUUCCUAACAAAACGCCAUAUGUUCCCCGCAUCGGACAGAAAAUCACUGUUCUGAUAGGCAAGCCCUUCAGCGUCCUGCCUGUGCUCGAGCAGCUCCGUGCGGAGAAUAAAUCCACGGUGGAGAUGCGCAAAACCCUGACCGACUUCAUCCAUCAGGAAUUCCAGGGCGUGAAGACCCAGGCGGAGCAGCUCCACAACCGCCUGCAGCCUGACAGAUAGGCCCUGCCCUGCGCAGACCCUGCCCGGCUGCCCCGUGGUCCUGUGAGGCCCCUGAGGCCUGGGGAAGAGGUAGCCCCGGGACCUGGUCCUCAGCUGCCAGGUUCCCUGUGCUGCCUUGGGUUCUCGCCCCUGCCCAUGGCUGGGCUGGGUGGGACUGAUGCUUUGAGCUCAGAUGGAGUUUUUAGACAGAGUCUUCGUCACCCUUAAAGGGUGCCCUCCCCUAGUUAAUGAGCAUUCCAGCUCAUCUGUGGUUUUGCAGUUGAAAAGGGUCACUUGGCCACAAAGGGAGGGAAAAAUGUAGGCAGUGGCCUCCUUCCUGCCUCCAUGUGUCCUCUCCCAGGGCUGGUGUCUGGAGGGAGAGCAGGUGAAGGGGGGAUGGGCGACUAGACUGGGGCUUAGGGAGGGGCCCAUAAGGCCAUUGGCCUCGAGUUGCUCACCACCUCAUCAGGGACGGUCUUUGGCCAGUGCUUCCUUCUGCCCAGGCUUCCGAUAGGCCAGGGAGCCUCGGGCAGCCGCCCCCCCACCCCCCACCCCCCACUGUAGGCAGGAGAGCAGCCCUUUGCCACAAGUGGGGCCUGCAGCAAGGGCCCCAGAUCUGGCCAGUCGUCCCAUGCUGGGGCCCACCAACCCUUUCCUUUCUGUGUCCCUGACAUCACUCAAGCCCCCUGAGGCUGGGUUUCUAUGUUUUAUAAAGAAUAAAGUAUGUGUUGUGCUGUUUUA